AGACUCUAGGAAAUAUUCAAAUAUCUGCAUUAUGCACAUUUCCAGUAACAUGCGAUAUGGUUAAAUAUGCGGAUUUAUUAGAUUGCAGUUCAGUCGCUAACAAAGAUUGGAAUCAUUAUCAAGUAGCACAGUUGUUGUUUCCAUGCACAUUAUAACACCAGUGGUAAAACUACUUUAAAUGAUGAAGAUGAUAACAAAAUUCUACGACUUACAUAAUGUUAAAACUCUGUUUCAUCGUUGGAGCCCGAUUUCUGGCUUUUCAAAUAAUAUUUAUUUUAAUUUUAAAAGAAAUGCUCACUCUACGAUUGACGAGAAAGAUUUGUUCCAAGCUAAUACUAAUCUACUGAAAACAUUUUGGGACACCGAAGGACCAUUUCGAGCGCUUCAUAGUUUCAACUAUAUUCGACUACCGUAUAUAAGAGACGGCCUAGUGGAUGUAGCGCCUGGUGAUAAAUUAUCCACUUGUCUGAAAGGAAAAAAAAUCCUUGACGUUGGUUGUGGAGCAGGGGUGCUCUCAGAGGGGUUAGCCAAGUUUGGAGCCGAAGUUACUGGAAUAGACUCUAGCAAGGAAUUAAUUGAAAUGGCACAACAACAUUGCUCUAAAAACAAGCAAACUAACUUGCCCACUUAUAUUUUGACUACGAUAGAGGAACACUCUAACAAGUACUUUGAAAGCUACGACGCUAUCGUAGCCUCUGAAGUUAUAGAGCAUGUUGCUGACAAGGAACUUUUCUUGGAAUCAUGCGUUCGUGCCGUAAAACCUGGUGGAAAACUAUUCUUUACGACGCCUAGUAGAACACGUGUCGCUCAGUUCAUUGUAAUAUUUUUCUGUGAAAGCCUUGAUAUUGUUCCAAAGGGUACCCAUGAAUAUAAAAAGCUUAUGAAACCAAGCGAGCUUAAAUCUAUGCUAGAAAUGAAUGACUGCUUAGUGGAAUCGACAAAAGGCUGUAUCUAUCAUCCGUUUGCGAAUUAUUGGGAAUGGACUAAAAAUACACUGUGCUUCUUUGCUACUCAGGCUGUAAAAUCUACUUAAAAUCACUUACCAACUUAAAAUAGACCUAAUUAUUUUUUUCAAUUACAAUUUACAUAUUAAGCUUAUUCUUUUACAUUAUUAUCAGUAAUUGAAUAAUUUAAUAUUUUUA